UUUCCCCUCCCCCACCGGGGCGGGACUUCUCGCCGACUUCUUUCAGGUUCUCAGUUCGGUCCGCCAACUGUCGUAUAAAGGCGCUGCCUCAGGCCAGAGUCCUCACAAGGCGUUGUGUGAGGCUCGUUUUGCUCAUCAUGUCUGGCCGCGGCAAAGGCGGGAAGGGUCUCGGCAAAGGCGGCGCUAAGCGCCACCGUAAGGUGCUGCGCGACAAUAUCCAGGGCAUCACCAAGCCGGCCAUCCGGCGCCUUGCUCGCCGUGGCGGCGUGAAGCGUAUCUCCGGCCUCAUCUACGAGGAGACCCGCGGGGUGCUGAAGGUGUUCCUGGAGAACGUGAUCCGGGACGCCGUCACCUAUACAGAGCACGCCAAGCGCAAGACGGUCACCGCCAUGGAUGUGGUCUACGCGCUCAAGCGCCAGGGCCGCACCCUCUACGGUUUCGGCGGCUGAACGUCUUUUUCUAUCAAUAAAAGGCCCUUUUCAGGGCCACCCUACUUGCUCAGUUGAGGAGUGGUAACACUGGUUUUCGUA